AUGGCCGGGAAUGGGGAGUGGGGCCCCGACGGCGGCUCCGCGUUCAACGGCGCAACAGGCGGCGGGAUUGUCGGCCAUGGCGGCCAAGGCGGUCACGGAGAUUACGCCGAGGAAGGUGAUUACGGGGAAGAGGACGGCGCGUAUGAGGAUUAUUUGCCGGAGGACGGCGGCCCUGGUCAUCCGCACCCCCAAGGCGGAGCGGAGUACGGGGAGUACGCGGAGUACGGGGAAGAGGGCGCGGGGAUGGGCGGAGGGUACGCGGAGCAGCAAGGGUAUAUUGAAGGGGGGGAAUACGGGGCUGAUGGUGGUGAAUAUGGGGGGGGAUAUGAAGGGCAGGAGAGAUAUGAGGGACAGGAGGGAUACGAGGGACAAGAGGGAUAUGAGGGACAGGAGGGUUACGAAGGUCAAGAGGGUUACGAGGGAGAAGAGUACAUGGAGCACGAGAUAGGUCACCAGCAGUACGACGAAUAUGGUAACCCUAUUGGCGAAGGAGAGAUGUACGACGAAUAUGGUAACCCUAUCGGCGAAGAGGAGCUGUUAACCCAGCAGCAACAGCAUCAGGGGCAGUACCAUGCGCAGGGACCUGGGUCUGCCCCUGCUGCUGGUGGUGGUGGUGGUGUAACCGUGUCUCCCCAUGGCUCGCAAGGGGGCUACAGAGAGGGGCCUAGUCCGGGGAGAGGAUCGGCAGCAGCAGCAGCAGCAGCAGGGAUGGUGCCUCUACAGCAGCAGCAGCAGCAGUAUGAGGGAGAGUACGACGAUCAGGAGCAGUAUGCGGAGGGGCAUCAGGAGGGGUAUGAGGGCGAGGAGGGGUAUGAGGGUCAGGAGGGGUACGGAGGGGAGGAGGGGUAUGUUGGGGAAGAGGGUGGGUAUGAGCAGGAGGGGCAGGAGGGAGUGGUGUACGCGCAGGGGCAGCACGAGCAGGGGGAUUUUGACGAAGGGCAGUAUGAGGAGGGGUAUGACGAUCAGCAACAGUACGGCGAGCAGCAGCAAUACGGGGAGCAGGGUCAAUACGAAGGGCAGGAGCAGUAUAUGGAAGGGGAGUAUAUGGAAGGGCAAUAUCCAGAAGAUGGGCAGUACGAGCAAGAGGGGCAGUAUGAGCAAGGGGUGCAGUACGCGCAAGGGCAAGGGGAGAUGGGGUACGAGGGGGAAGAAGGGGCAGUGUAUGAAGGCGAGGUGUGCACCUGUGAAGAGUACGGUGGAGUCCCCCACGAGCCUCAUGAUUUCCAUGAUGAUGAUGGUAUCAGAGCAGGAGGAUACGAAGGCCACGAUCAGGGGGGCGUUGGGAACGGACAGGGGUAUGUUGAGGGAGGGAUGGAGGGAGAGGAGUAUGGGGAGGAGGGGUAUAUGAUGGGGGAGGAGGGGUAUGGUGGGCAUGAGGGAGGAUAUGUGAACGAGUAUGGGGAGCAGGUGGAGUGGGUGGAAGGGGAGGAAGGGUACGUGGGGGAAGGGGGAGGGGAAGGGAUGGAAGGUCAUGACGGGAUGGGGGGUAUGGGAGGGAUGGGGCACUAUCCCGUGGGAGCGGCAGGAGUAGAUGUUUCUGGUGCUGCUGCUGGUGCUGUAGGUGGUGCUGGUGGUGCUGCUAUGUACGGGGAAGACGAGGGGGAUGAGGAUGAUGCUGACGGGAGGAUAGAGCAUGAGAUAGACGAGGAGGAUGAGUUUGGCGCGUACGACCUUGCACUGAGGAAGCACCUUUCGGGGAUACCAGAAGGGGACGAAGAGGCAGAGGCGGAAACACCUGCUCCAAGGUCUAAGGGAAAGUUUGUUCUUCCUUCCAUGCUGGAACAGGGUGGGACGAUUCAGGAGGGGAGUGAUGAGGGCGGGGGAGGGGACUGGGAGGAAGGGGAUCGGGAGGAGGACGAGGAGGGAGAGGAGAGGGGAGGGGAGGAGGAGGAGGCACGGGGCAGAAGGGCGAAUGGGAGGGCGGGUCGAGGGGAGCAGGAGGGUUAUCGAGACGGGGAGGGGGAAGGGGAAAUGGAAGGGGAUGGGGAAGAGGAAGGAGGGGGGUCAGUGGUCUCGUUUGAGAGCGGUGAAGAAGGGUUGGAUGAGGAUGAGCAGGCUAGAGGCGUGGUGGAGAGCCGGAUAGUGGAAUCAGGUCGGGCUUUAAACAAAACCAGCACUGGUUCCGGGUCUACGAGAGAGAACGAGACAGGAUCUGUGAUAGAGAGGGAUACCGCUGCUAAGAGCUGGGGUAAGUUUGCGCACCCUGCAUUGGGUAGGGGAGGGAGGAAGAACGGGGGGAGAGUGAAUGGGGAGGUGGAGGGGGAGUAUGGGGGAAUGAAUGGGGAUGUGUUAUAUGAAGAUGAUGAGGAGGGGUAUGGGGAGGAUGAGUAUGGCGAGGAAGGGGGGUAUGGUGAGGAAGGGUAUGGGGAGGGGUAUGGGGAGGAAGGGGAGAUGGGCGAGGAGGGAGAGAGGUAUAUGGAGUAUGAAGGAGAGGAGGGGUAUGAGGAGGGAAGGAGAGGAUCGGGUGGUGAGGAGGAGAGGGAGGAAGGAGGAGAAAGCGGAGGAGAGGGAGAGGGAGGAGAGGAGGAAGAGCGAGAGGGAGAGGGAGAGGGAGGGGGAGAGGGAGAGGGAGGAGGAGGGGGAGGGGGAGGGUUUGCGCUGCUGUCAAUGGGGAAGGAUGUACCCUUGGCGUUGGAGGGGCAGCCUGUGGACUAUUCGGUUGGAGAUCUGGAGAAAGCCUUUCGAGCCAUGCAGGGCGGAGGAGGGGCAGGAGGGGCGGGAGGCGCGGGAGGAGCGGGAGGAGCGGGAGGAGCGGGAGGGUCCCUUGCUUCUGCCUUCUCCGCUGCAGCAGCAGAAGCGGCGGAAGGGAGAGCAGAGAAGGGUGGUGGUGGUGGUGGUAAGGUGGGUUCGAAAGGGAGUGGAGGAGGAGGAGGGGGAGGAGGAGGCGGAGGAGGGUUUGCUCUGCUGGAGCUACAGGAUGGGAUCGAUGGGCUGAUCGGGCAACCCGGGCAGCGCAUAGAUGAUUCUGUUGGGGAUUUGGAAAAAGCUUUCAGGCAGAUGCUGGGCGGGAAACUGGGACAGGGGCAGGGGGGGCAAUCGGGGGGCAAAGGUGACGCAAGAGAAAGGGGAGGUGAUGAGGAGGGUGAGGAGGGGGAGGAGGAGGAGGAGGGGGACGAGGGAGAAGAAGGAGCAGGGAUGAGUUUAAUGGAUAGGAUGAAUCAGCUGCAGCAGAUGCAGGGGGGCGGGGGCGGGUUGGGAAGUCCGAUGGGCGGGUUUGGAGGUAUGGGGAGUCCUAUAGGUGGCAACGGCGGUGGUGGCCUAGGCAGCCCCAUGCUGGGGAACGGCCUAGGUAGCCCUGCUUUUGGCGGUUUAGGCAGCCCUCUUUCUGCUCUCAACAGCCCCAUGGGUUUCCCUUUGCAAUUGAAGUUUCAGGGGCAGGGGGGGGGGAAGGGAGAGGAGAGGGGGGGAGAGGAUGGGGACGAGGAAGGGGACGAGGAAGGGGAAGAGGAUGGAGAUGGGGAGGAGGAGGAGGAAGAGGAAGGGGAUUUGCCUCCGACCCCGGUUCCUGCGAACGCGCUGCAGCUUAUGAUGCGCGAGAGCAAGAAGUUCAUGGAAACAGCGGAAGAUGAGAGUGACGAUGAUAGCUUUGCACAGGAGGCGAGGGAGCAGGCUGAGCUAGAGGCAGCUGCUGCCGCGGCCGCAGCAGCAGAAGCAGCAGGAGGAGGAGGGGCGGAGGAAGAGGAGGGAGGUGAGGAGGGAAGGGGGGGUGGUGUGGGUGGGUUUGGUAUAAUGGACCGGUUGUUGAGUUUUCAAGAAGGUUUGGAGGAUGGAGAGGGGGGUAUGGGGGGUGGGAUGGGGUUUGGCGGGUUUGGGGGGUUUGGAGGGUUUGGCGGAGGGGGUGAUGGGGGUGGGGGGGAGGCAGGAGGGGGAGGGGGGGGGGGGGGAGGGGGAGAAGGAGGGCUUAUGGGUGCUUUUGCGCGAUUGCAACAGGCUUCUGGCGGAGAGGGAGGAGGGUUUGGUAGGGAGGGAGGUGAAGGGAGGGAGGAAGGAGGUGAUAUGGAUAGGGAUGGGGAUGGGGAGGAGGAAGGGGGUUUUGGGAGUGAGGGAGAGGGGAGUGUGCUGGAGCAUGAUAUAGAGGAAGAAGGGGAGGGGGAGGAGGAGUAUGGGGAGGAGGAAGAGGGGGAAGAGGGGGAAGAGGGGAUGGGCGAGAGGGGAGGAGGGGGGCGUGGUGGAGGUAGGGGAUGGGGGUUUCCAGGAAGGAGCAACGGAGGAGGACCGGAGGAGUACGAUGGGGAAGAGGAGGAGAAUGGGGGAGAAGGGGGGCGGUUGGAGGAGGGGGAGGAAGAGGGUGAGAGAGAGGAUGGUGGGGAAGGGUAUGAUGAGGAUGGUCCAGGCUUGGGGUAUGGUGGGGAGGGAGAGGAGUACCAAGGAGAGUACCAAGGGGAAGGUGGGGCGGAAGGUGAAAGGGAGGGGUACGAUGAGGAGCAGGAGAGGUAUGAUGGGGAAGAGGAGGAGAUGCAGCAGGAAUAUGGAGAGCAGCAGUACCAGGAGGGGCAAUUCGAGGAGGGGCAGUAUGGUGAGGAGGAGGAGCAAUACGGUGAGCGAUCGGACGGGCAGUUGGAGCAAGGAGAGAUGGGCGAGUUGAGUCAAGAGCAGCAGGAUCUGGAUCCUGAGCAGGAAGGGUUCUACUCUGAUGAAGCAGGUGGGCAGGUCUAUAACGAGGAUGGGUAUGAAGGGCAGGGAGAGGCGCAGAAGUAUGGGGAGGGGGAGGGGGAGGGGUAUGAAGGGCAAGGGGAGGGGUACGGUGGAGAAGGGGAGGGGAAUGAAGGGGAAGGGAGGCAUGAGGGGGAGUAUAUGGAAGGAGAGGGGGGGCAUAUGCAUGGGGAGGGGGAGUAUUUAGAGGGAGAGGGGGAGUAUGUGGAAGGGGAAACGGGGGAGUAUAUGGAAGGGCAGGAGAAUUUUGUGGACGAGAAUGGGCAGCUGGUGAAUGAGAAUGGGCAGUAUGUGGAUGAAAACGGGCAGCUGGUGAAUGAGAAUGGGCAGUAUGUGGAUGAGAACGGCCAUUUGGUGAAUGAGAAUGGGCAGUAUGUGGAUGAAAACGGGCAGCUGGUGAAUGAGAAUGGGCAGUAUGUGGAUGAAAACGGGCAGCUGUUGAAUGAGAAUGGGCAGUAUGUGGAUGAAAACGGGCAGCUGUUGAAUGAGAAUGGGCAGUAUGUGGAUGAGAACGGGCAUUUGGUGAAUGAGAAUGGGCAGUACGUGGAUGAAAACGGGCAGCUGGUGAAUGAGAAUGGGCAGUUUGUGGAUGAAAAUGGGCAGCUGGUGAAUGAGAAUGGGCAGUAUGUGGAUGAAAACGGGCAGCUGGUGAAUGAGAAUGGGCAGUAUGUGGAUGAGAACGGGCAUUUGGUGAAUGAGAAUGGGCAGUAUGUGGAUGAAAACGGGCAGCUGUUGAAUGAGAAUGGGCAGUAUGUGGAUGAGAACGGGCAUUUGGUGAAUGAGAAUGGGCAGUACGUGGAUGAAAACGGGCAGCUGGUGAAUGAGAAUGGGCAGUUUGUGGAUGAAAAUGGGCAGCUGGUGAAUGAGAAUGGGCAGUUUGUGGAUGACAAUGGGCAGCUGGUGAAUGAGAAUGGGCAGUAUGUGGAUGAAAACGGGCAGCUGGUGAAUGAGAAUGGGCAGUAUGUGGAUGAAAACGGUCAGCUGGUGAAUGAGAACGGGCAGUAUGUGGAUGAAAACGGGCAUCUGGUGAAUGAGAAUGGGCAGUAUGUGGAUGAAAACGGGCAGCUGGUGAAUGAGAACGGGCAGUAUGUGGAUGAAAACGGGCAUCUGGUGAAUGAGAAUGGGCAGUAUGUGGAUGAAAACGGGCAGCUGGUGAAUGAGAAUGGGCAGUUUGUGGAUGAAAAUGGGCAGCUGGUGAAUGAGAAUGGGCAGUACGUGGAUGAAAACGGGCAGCUGGUGAAUGAGAAUGGGCAGUAUGUGGAUGAAAACGGGCAGCUGGUGAAUGAGAAUGGGCAGUAUGUGGAUGAAAACGGGCAGCUGGUGAAUGAGAACGGGCAGUAUGUGGAUGAAAACGGGCAGCUGGUGAAUGAGAACGGGCAGUAUGUGGAUGAAAACGGGCAGCUGGUGAAUGAGAAUGGGCAGUAUGUGGAUGAAAACGGGCAUCUGGUGAAUGAGAAUGGGCAGUUUGUGGAUGAAAACGGGCGGCUGGUGGACGAGAAUGGGCAGUACAUAGAUGAAACCGGGCAGUAUGUGGACGAGAACGGGCAGUAUCUGCAAGAUGAUGCGGCAGGAGAAUUAGGGUUUGACGACGGGGGAGGGUUCAUGAGUGACGGGAUGGGAGGGAUGAGAAGAGGCACACCUUUAGAGGUGGUGUAUGAGGAGGGGGAGGAGCAGAUGGAGGAGCAGGAGGAUGAAGGGGAGGAAGGAGAGGGGUAUCGUCAGGAACAGGGUUUUAGUGAUGGGCAGGGUUUUAGUGACGGGCAGGAACAGUAUGAGGACGGUCAGGGUAGCUUCAUUGAACGGCCGGAUGUGGAGCAGCAGGAAUCGUACGGUGGAGAUGCGCUGGGCAGCUUUAUUGAACGGCCGGAUGUGUCUGGUGAUGGUCAGGGGAGCUUCAUCGAACGGCCGGAUUAUGAGGGGGGAGAGGAGGAGGAGUAUGGAGGAGAGGAGGGGGAGUAUGGGGGAGAGGAGGAGGGGGGGUAUGUGGAUGCAGAUGGGAAUUAUGUGGAGCAGGGGCAGCAGGGGUAUGUGGAUGAAAAUGGGAAUUUCGUGGAAGGAGGGCAAGGGUUUGUAGAUGAAAAUGGAAAUUUCGUGGAAGGAGGGCAAGGGUACGUGGAUGAGAAUGGAAACUUUGUGGAAGGAGGGCAGGGGUAUGUUGACGAACAUGGUAACUUCGUUCCGAUGCAUGAGGGGGAGUAUAUGGAAGGAGGAGAGGGGUAUGUGGAUGAAAACGGUAACUUUGUACAGGGUCAGAAUCAGCAGCAGCAUGAGCAGGAGCAGCAGCAAGGUUACGUGGACGAGAAUGGUGAAUACAUAACAGAACAGGAGGGGAUGGGGGAAGGAGAGGGGGAGGAAGGAGGAGAGGGCCAAGGCCCGCUCAGUCCCAUGGGGGGGUUUAUGUCUGGACAGGGGAUGAUGGGAGGAGGGCAUGUGGGCAUGGGUCCAGGGUUCGGGCCUAUGAGUCCCAUGGCCCCCCUGUCCCCCGCGUCUCCCAUGGGAGCAGGCAAUACCAUGGGUUUUGCGUCUGAGGAGCAGCAUCAGGUGUAUGGGCAUGGGCAGGGGCAGGGGUAUGCGGAGCUAGGGCCUAUGAGUCCCAUGUCCCCGUAUGGAAAUCAGGGGCAGCAGCAGGAGCAGUAUGGUAUGGGGGUUCUUGGUAGCCCUAUUGCAGGAGGAGGAGGAGGAGGAGGAGGAGGAGGGUCAGGAGGAUCAGGAGGGUCGGGAAGAGGAGGCGGGAUGUUUCCUCCUAGCCCCCGCAGUCCCCACAUGCCAAUGCACCCGCCGUCCCCCCGCCAGCAGUUCCUGCAACAGCAGCAGCAGGGGCAGGGGCAGGGGCAGGGGCAGGGGCAGGGGCAGGGACAGCCGGGGCGGCGCGUGAUUCGGCAUGACUCGUCCCGAUCCUUCGACGACCGGGCUUCCAGCAGUCGAAUGUCUUUCACCGAACGGGACAACAGACCCUUCCCUGGUGCUGCUGCUGCUGGUGGUGAUAAUUAUGCUGGUGGUGGUUCUGGCCCUGGACUCUCCCCCACUGCCUACUCCCCUGUAGACUUCUCCGGCCGCCCCAACCCCCCCUGGGCUUCUAGCCCGGCAGGAGGAGUGGGGGGGCGCGGGGGAGGGAGAGGCGGCGCGCACAGGGCAGGGAGCAAGUCGUACGGGGGGGAGAUGGACAGGUAUACAGGGAGGGAGAGGUGGGCGAUGGGGCAGGGGAUUGAGCUGGAGCGGCCGAAGAGCCGGCAGGGGGGUUAUGAUGAGAAUGGGAGACCGUUGAGUCGGCAGGGUGGGUAUGAUGAGAACGGGAGACCGUUGAGUAGGCAGGGGGGUUAUGAUGAGAAUGGACGGCCGGUGAGUCGGCAGGGAGGGUAUGAUGAGAAUGGGAGACCGCUGAGUAGGAGAGGGUCGAGGGAGGAUGAGCGGCCGCUGAGUCGGCACGGUGAGAGGCCUAGUAGCAGCAGGUCGUUCAGAGGGGGGUAUGAGGGCAUGCUGUCGCCACAGCAGCAGCAGCAGCAGCAGCCGUGGCAGCAGCAGCAGCAGCAGCAGGAGCAGGAACAGCCGUGGCAGCAGCAGGGGAUGGGCAGUGCGAGCAGCAGCAUGCAUGGCGGGUCGGUUCAGGAGCGGGGUUCGUUCCAAGAAAGAGGGUCGUUCAAAGAAAGGGGAUCUUUUCAAGAAAGGGGAUCUAUGCGGGAAAGAGGGUCGAUGCAAGAAAGAGGGUCGUUUCGGGAAAGAGGGCGACCGGGAUCGUUUCGAGAGCGCCCGGGUCAGGGAUCGUUCCGGGAAAGAGGCUCUUUCAGUGAGCGAGGGUCCUUCCAGGAAAGGGGAUCGUUUCGGGAGAGGCAGGGGCAGGGUGGGGGCAUGGGGCAAGGGGAUUCGGACGAUCCUUCUGCGGAGGAGGCUUAUAUCUCAGAGAAAAUGCCCACGCUGCGAGCAGAAGGGUUACCAGCAGCCCCUAGGGGGAGCGGUGGAGGAGGGGGAGGGGGAGAUGGAGGAGGGGGGUAUGGGCGUAGGCUGUCGGGCAGCCGAGACGGGCAGCAGAACGAGGAGUUUGCGUUCGGGCAGUUGGGAGGGGGCGGAGGCGGAGCAGGGGGAGGAGGAGGGAUGUAUGUAGUGCCUGAAGAAGAGGAGGAGGAGGAGGAAGAGGAUGAGGAUGACUCUCCUAGUCCUGAAAUGGUUACCAGAACCACGAGUGUGCGAUCGAGCCGAUCCGGAGGGUCUAGAUACUCACGAGAUGGGGCUGAUGGGGGGCUGAGUGGAGGGAGCGAAGGGGAAGGCGAGGGGAGUCCCAUGGGGGGUGGUGGUUUCGCGUUUGGAGCUUCACCCGCUGCUGGUGGUGGUGGUGGUGGCGGGGGUGGUGGUUUGGGAGGGUAUGGGGGGGAUUAUGGAGCGACGGGCGGAGGGGUGGGGGUUGCGGGGCAGUAUGGGGAGUUUGGGGGAGGGUUAGGGUUAGGGUUGAUAGGAGGGGAGCUGGGACCAGUUCCCGAGGUUGAUGAGGAUGCAUUGGAGGAGGAAGAGGACGAGGAGGAGGAGGAGGGGGAAGAGGGGGAGGAAGAGGGGGGGUUUUCUGCAGGAGAGUUUGACGGGCGGCAGUUGGAGGAGAGUGGGGUGGGAGAGAGUGAGUUGGAGGAAGGGGAGGUGGGGGAAGGAGAGGAGGAAGGAGAGGAGGAGGGAGAGGAGGAGGGAGAGGAGGAGGGAGAGGAGGAAGAGGAGUACGGGCAAGGGUACGGGGAGGACCAUGGGGAGGAGUAUGGGGAGUUUGGAAGCCCGAUCGGCAUGGGACGGGCAGGGGCGAUGGGGCGAUAUGAGAUGGAGGCUGGAGAUAACUUCCAGUUGCCACCACAGCAGGGGCAAGGGCAAGGGCAGGGGCAGCAGCAGCAGCAGCAGCAGCAGCAGCAGCAGCAGCAGCAGCAGCAGCAAGGAGGGCAGGAUGAGCUGAACGCGUGGCAGCAGCAGCUAACGUCUCAGAUGUACUCGCCUCGACCGCAGCUGCCAGCGCAUCUGAUGCAUCAGAUGGGCAUGGGUGCAGGCAUGGGUGCAGGCAUGGGUGUGGGCACAGAUUCUCUCUACCAGCAUGGGCAGCAGGGGCAGGGGGGUAUGAUGAUGCAGCUAGGCAUGCUUUCCCCGCGGCCAGACAGCAACCAGCAGCUGUUAGUGCAUGCGCCAAUGCUGCAACCACAGGGGCAGCAGGGGCAGCAGCAGGGAGCAGGGGUUGCACCCCAGGCUCCUCUACAGGCAGUGCAGCCGCAGCAGCCGUCCCCACCCGCUAAGAAACGGUCUCCCAGGCAGCAGAAGCAGCAGCAGGCGCAGCAGCAGCUGCUGCAGGCUCAGAAGGCUGCUAGCUCCCCGUCCCCCCUCUCCCAGCAGCAGCAACAGGUGCAGGCAUCAGGGUCACCCAUGCAGCAGCAGCAGCAGCAGCAGCAGCAGAGGGCUCAGAUCACGCCUCAACCCCCUCCUCCUGCGCCCGAGGGUCAAAAGGGAGGGAAGAGGAGGCCGCAGCAGAGGAAGGGUUUGAGGAAGAACCAGCAGGGAGCAGGGCAGUUGGGAGCAGGCACAGGCGAUCAACAGCAGCUGCAGCAGCAGCAGCAGCAGCAGCAAGGGCAGCAGGGGCAGGGGCAGCAGCAGGGGCAGGGACAAGGGCAGACGAGGGGUCCUGGUGCUGGUUCUGAUGCUGGUGUUACUGCUGGUGGUGGUGGUGGUGGUGGUGGUGGUGGGGGGGAGGGUUCUGGUGGGUCAGGUACAGGGCAGCAGAAGGCGGCUGGUAAGAAGGCAGGGAAGAAAAAGAGCAGCAGCAAGGGAAAGACGAGCAAGAAAGGAGGAGGCUCCAAGGGGCAAACAGAAGAGCAGCAGCAGCAGCAGCAACAGCCUACAGCAAUCAAGUCCCUAGAAGAGCUAGAUGCCCUCAAGUCAAGCGCGCUUGCUCCUCUCUCCACCAAGAAAAAGCAGUCAUCAGCCGCAGCAGCAGCAGCAGCGGCGGCCGCAGGAGCAGCAGGAGAAGGGGGCGAAGCAGGGGCGCAGGCAAGAAGGAACAGAGGAGUAGGCAGUGAGAGGGUGUCCAUACACGAGGGUGCGACGCCAAGGCUGAGUGCAUAUGACCCCUGGGAGGACGAAGAGACUCGCAUGCUUGAAGCAGCAGAGGCAGCAGACAGUAUUGCUGGGGGAGGGGGAAAAGCAUCUGCUCAGGAUACUGCGAGUACUCAGACCAAGCGGAAAGGGAAGGGGGCAGGGAAAGGGGCCAAGAGCGCUGAAGCAAGGCUGCAGGGGCGAACGGAUGGGAUGGGGAGGAACAGGAGGGAAGGGGACGAGGCUGUGGCUUCGGCCGGUGGAAAGAAAGGCAAGGGGAGAAAGGCAGCGGCAGGAGGUGCUAGUACUGAAGCUGAUUCUAUAGAGAACGAUCGUGUUAGCUCCAGUGGUGGUGGUGGUAUUGCUCGCAGUGGCAGUAGUAGGAACAGCAUUAUUGAGGCAGCUUUACGGAAAGGGUUGGCUAGGCGGGCUAGCUCGCUGCUUGCCGGACCAAGCACCAGUGCAGACUCUCCUGCUGCCUCUGUUCCUGCUGCCUCUCCCGCUGCUUCUUCCACUGCUGCCUCGUCAUCUGCAGCAGGAGCAGCAGCAGCAGCAGCAGCAGCAGGGGCAGGAGCAGGAGCAGGAGCAGGAGCAGCAGGAUUAAGAAGCAUGACUCGUGGGGACUCGGCUAUCUUUGACUCUCUACCCAUGGGACCCGUGCAGGUGCAGGGGUACUAUGCAGGGGAGGACGGUAUGCUCCAUAACAGCCCUGGCACCGGCAGCAGCAACGGCCGCAACGCUGCUGCUGAUACAUCCCCUGGAGCAGCAGCAGGAGGAGCGUUGCUUGCAGAGGGCCCUGAUUCUUUCGUGGACUUGAAUCUAGAAGAGAUUGGGGAGGCGGAGACGGGGAAGCAGCUAGUGUUUGCGGGACAGGCGGUGGAGCGAGCGGGCCGAGCAGCGGGAUCGAACCAAGAGAGAAAAUCGGGCAGAGCAGGCAAAGGCAUGGGAGGUGCAGGUGGGAGUGGGGUGGGGGAAUCAGAGAUGCAGGGGACAGUGUCGGGGCGCAAGAGGAGCAGCAGUAAGGAGGCGGUCGCAAGCACACGGCGACAGCUCUUCCCUUCGCCCCAACAGAAGAUCCCGUACUACGGCUCCUUCUCCCCGGCGUCGCUCCUCCACUCCGCGCAAGUCCUGGAGCACCAGCAGCAGCGCUCCCAGGGCUACUCCGCGCUCGACCGCUCGCUCCUCACCGCCAUCCUCGCCUCCCUCGACUCUCCCCGCGACUGGCUCUCAUUCUCCCUCGUCUGCAAGUCCUGGCGAGCAGUCGCCUACCACGGGCUCCGAUCCCUCCGGCUGGUGCGAGGCAGGAGAGUCACCCUCGAAGGGUUAAUCCGAGCCCUCGCGCACUGCCCGAACCUCACUUGCUUAGACAUUCCUGGGAUGUGCUUAGAUCAACCGGUAGGGAACGACCUGCUGUGCACGAUUGGGUAUUCGUGUCCGGAUCUGAGGAGGCUAUCGAUCGGUGCGGAUUCAGAGCUAGGAUCGACGUUUCAAGAGAGCGGGCUGGCGAUGCUGUUCUCGGGGUGCACGAAUCUCGUGGAGGUUAGGAUUGAGGCGUUCAGGAGGCAGCAUGCGCGGAGGAGUGGCGCGAGCAGCAGCAGUGGUAGCACUGGUAGUGUUGCUGGUGGUGGUGUUGCUGGUGGCGGUGGGGGAGUGAGUGGGGUGGGCCCUGGAGGCAUGAGCAUGGGAGCAGAGAAGUCUCCUGGUGGCCUUGCUUUCCUCCCCAACUGCAUCGGCGACCUUCGCAGCCUCUGCUCUCUCGAUCUCCGCUGCUCCGACUUAGUCGACCUCCCUCCCUCUGCCGGCUCCCUCCCGUUCCUCCGCGAGCUAGUCUGGGAGACCAGGCGCACGCGGGAAAUGGAGCUCUACGGCUCAUCCAUCCCGCCGUCCAUAAUCGCUUUCUCCGACAUCACCCACCUCACACUCAAAAACGUCUGGACCGCCUCCGACGAUCUGCAGCACUUGACCUCUCUCACGAAGUUAGAGCUCUGGGGAGCGAAGGGGCACUUGCGCGUGCUUCCCGAGGCUCUAGGCGAGCUAGACAGGCUGGUCUAUCUCGACGUGAGAGGGUCGUUCCGCGUGGUUCCCUCCUCCAUAGGCCGCCUGCGCCGCCUCGAGACCCUCAUGCUGCUCAGCGAAGUUUUGGAGCUGCUGCCCGCGGAGCUCGGGCAGCUCACGAAUCUCCGCGAGCUGAGGCUCGACGGGUGCCGGUCAAACCCCAAGCUGCCCGCCUCCCUGUGGACUCUCCACAACCUCCGAACCCUCUCCAUGCCCUGCGACCGCGUCCCUGAAGAGAUCGGGAAUCUCAACUCCCUCCACUCCCUUGCGAUCGAAUCCGAUACCCCCCGUUCCCUUACCAACACCUUCCUCCCUGCUCCUAUCGGCUGGCUUUACGAGCUAAAAGAGCUCCGGUUGGUCUGCCCCUACGUUCGCUCCCUCCCCUCCUCCUUUGUCCUUCUAGGCAACCUUCUCGACCUCCAGUUGCAAUUUUCCGGGCCGCUGCCCAAGAAUUUCGGCGAGCUGAACUCCCUGCAGAGGCUCGUGUUGGACAGCCGGGAAGUUUACGCGCUGCCCGAGUCUUUUGGGGAGAUUCGCACGCUUGAGUCCCUUACCCUGGUCUGCCAAAAACUUGCGUCGCUGCCCGAUUCCUUCGGGAACCUCUCCUCUCUGCACUCGCUCACCCUCGUCCACUGCUCAAACCUUUCCACGCUGCCCGUCUCUUUCGGGAAGCUGAAAAAUCUUUCCCGGACUCCCUUCCCUUCUUCCCCCCACCCCUCCCCCGUCCGCCAGUACUGGGUGAGUCAGGGGCAGCACUGGUGCGAGUACUGCCGCAUCUUCCUGGCCAACAACGCGGCGUCCAUCCGCAUGCACGAGGGCGGCACCAAACACAAGGAGGCCGUCGCCGCCAAGCUCAGCGCCAUCCGCCGCGAGGGCAAGCAGAAGGAGCGCGAGAAGGAGGAGGCUGAGAGGGCGAUUGCGGCGAUAGAGGAGGAAGCUAAGCGACAGUACGAGAAGCACGUGGCGAAGCAGAGAGUGGGUAUUGGAGGAGAGCAGCGGAUACCACUACAGCCACCGCUCUGGCUCGCUGGUGCAGCCAUCAGGAGCCCGCUGGUGCAGCCAUCAGGAGGUAUCAACCCUCUCAGCAGCCUCCCCCAGAAAGGUCCUCUUCUGUGUCUUCCCUCCACAAUCAAGCCUGCUCCCCAUUUCCCCUUGCCCUUUUCAACCCGUUCUGUCAUACAGCGCGCUGGUGCAGCCAUCAGGAGGUAUCCACCCUCUCAGCAGCUUCCCCCAGGAAGCCCUCCUCAGCCGCCACUCCCUCCCAACAACCCACCACCGCCGGCACCACACCUGCCCGAAAAAAUCCCGCCGGAGCAGGCGGGCCUGCCCCAGGCCCCGUUCGGGCAGGCGCCAGGAAAGCUGUGGGAGGGAAGGCAGUGGUGA